UCGCAGUGACGUCAGAACACGGAAGCAAAACGGGGACAACACUGUCGCUGCUGUUCACGUUGCUUCUGUCAGUUGAUUUUCCUUAUUAAAAGUCCUUCUGCAGCUGAGUGUGUCCAGGCCGGUACAGAUGUUCGCUCCUCCUGCAGAAGAUUUGGUCAAGCAGUGGGAGAGUGAGCAGGCUCGUCUCAGACAGCAGGUGGUGGAUGAGGACACCGAGGACUGGCAGAGGAGUCCAGACUUCUCGGGCCUGGAGAGAGUCGGAGGAGUGGACCUCUCCUUCAUCAAAGGGGACGACGUCAACGCCUGCGCCCAUCUCGUGGUACUCAGCUACCCCGACCUGGAGAUGCUGUAUGAGGACAGUCAGAUGGUGACCCUGACAGCCCCCUACAUCGCUGGCUUCCUGGCCUUCAGAGAAACCCCCUUCCUCCUGGAGGCUCUGCAGCGGCUGGAGAGGAACCAGCCUCAACUUCUACCUCAGGUGGUGUUUGUGGAUGGGAAUGGUCUCUUCCACUACAGAGAGUUCGGCCUGGCGUGUCACCUCGGAGUGCUGUCAGGGCUGCCGUGUGUGGGCGUGGCCAAGAACCUGCUGCAGGUGCAGGGCGUGUACAAGAGUGAAGCGCACCAGUCACAGAUAGCUGCUCUGCAGAAAGGAGGAGACAGCUUCCCACUCACCGCCGCCUCAGGCAAAGUGCUCGGAAAGGCAUUGCGAAGCUCCGACAAGAGCUCCAAGCCGGUGUAUGUGUCCGUUGGCCACAAGAUCAGUGUGGACACAGCUGUACGCCUCACACACUCCUGCUGCCGGUACCGGGUCCCAGAGCCCAUCAGACAGGCUGACUGUCGCUCCAGAGAAUACCUUCGCAUACACUUCCCAGCUUCAGAUACAUGAAUCAAAGAAUGAGACAAUGCUUCGGACUCCAGCCUUGAACCGUGUGUUUCUCCUCUCCUUCGGUUCCUGUCUCCAGCUCCGUCUUCUCCUGACUCCAGUGUGUGUUUCCUACUCCUGAUCUCCUACUCAGCUAAACAAAGGACUGUAUCAGUACCCAUCAUCACCCAUUCUACUCACUGCUUGUUUGAUUAGUGUACAAUAAAACCAUCUGUGUCUCCA